AUGGCGACAAAUUCAGAGAUCCCUCUAGGGACCGUCGCCGAUGCCACAGCAGGAAAUAGUACCGUCAGAGGUAUCGUUCGAUUCUGUGGUCGCACUAGUUUUGCGCCGGGAAUAUGGGUUGGGAUGGAACUUUCAGAGCCGCGAGGCAAGAAUAAUGGUUCCGUCAACGGCAAAGAAUACUUUAGCUGUAAACCGAAUUACGGCAUCUUUGUUAAAUUCAGUCAAGUGAAGCCCAUCGAGACGCCGUCUACGGGCGGGACAGCGACACCAAGCAGACCCGUCAGACCGACAAGUAUGACUUUGGCGCGUUCGAGCUCUGGAGUUGGGACACCGGUCCGUCCACCGAGAAUCGCAGAAACUCCAGAGCCACAAACACCUAUUACCGCGACUCGUCCGCCAAUAUCACGUACAGCGCUUGGCUCUUCUCGAGCUUCAAUAUCUGUCGCGCGUCCACCCUCACAGCCCAUGACUCCUCCUGUCCGGUUAGAGUCCCCCGUGGGUGAUCGACCAAGUGGGAUCCCAUCCCCUGUCCGCGCAACACCCACUCCUCCACCCCCACCUAUCCCCAAUCCACCCACAGAAAAAGAAAAGCAGCCCUCUGUGCCUUCUUCGCCCGUCGCCCAUAAGGACGCAGAGGACCAGGACUUGCGCGCCAAAGUACGCUACCUCGAAGCCCGACAUGAGGAUGAUCUAGAUAUAAUGAGAAAGCUCAAAACACGUCUGGACGACGCAGAAAGUUACAUCGCGUUCAAGCCAAAGCUACAAGCGAAACUCAGCCAACUCCAGCAGGAGAGUAUUCAAGCGAAACGAGAACUACAAGACCAAGCCGCAGAGCUCAAGUUGGCCGAGUCCAAAUUGGCCGAGGCCUCUGAGCAUCUGGAAAUGGUCAUGCUGGACAAAGAGCUUGCUGAAGAACGUGCAGAAGCUGCAGAGGCCGAGCUAGACGAGCUGAGGGAAAAGAUGGCUGUUGCACAAGUCGAGCUAGGCGUUCUUCGGAACAAUGUCAGCGCGUCUGGGUCAGAUUCAGUCGGAGAUGGAAAGAUUUCGCUUGCCUAUAUCCAACUCGAACGACAAAACGAGAGACUAAAGGAUGCACUGAUCAAGCUCCGCGACAUCUCUCAAGAAACCGAGCAAGAUCAUCGACGAAAGAUUACGGAAUUAGAGAAGGAAUUGGCAGCCUCUGAAGAGAUGCAAGCCGACUAUGAUGUGACUCUUCAGCGACUGGCCAAUGCAGAUGUCCAAAUCGAUAGCCUCAAGCAGCAACUCGAUGAUGCAAUGGGCGCUGAAGAUAUGCUCGUCCAACUGACCGAGCGUAACUUGCUUCUAGGCGAGAGAAUAGAAGAAAUGAGGGUAGUCAUCGAGGACCUAGAGUCACUUAAAGAACUAAACGACGAGUUGGAAGAGAAUCAUAUCGAAACGGAGAAAAUGCUCCAGGAGGAAAUCGAGCAAAAGGAUGCACAGAUUCGAGAAGCUACCAGAAGGAUUGGCGACCUCGAGGAAACCAUUCUCGACUAUCAACAGACGAUUGGACAAUUCCGCGCUCAUGCCAUGCAACUGGAUAGGCACAGUCUACGAACAGAGCAUCAGAGUGCGCAAAGCGCAUCCGCGCUGGCCGCCUCGCAGACGGCUACUGUGAUGAAUCUCAAUCGCCUUCUGCAAAAUUCUGCGUCCAAGAGUCAAGCCAAGACGAUCGAACUCGAACUGCAGAAUCUCAGGACUCGACAAGCCAACGAGUUGCUCACCAUUAUCCAACCGUAUCUUCCUCCUGUCUACGUCGAAUCUGACAGUGAUUCCACCAAUACCUACCUGUUCUUCAAGCGCAUGGCAUCCAAGGCAGACCUCCUCAACUCGAUCACGGCCGAGAAGUACUCCCUUCCCGAGGCCCUCAACGAACCAGUUACAGAGGCGUUGAUUGGUAUAUGCGAGAUGAGAGGACAUAUCGCUCACCUGUCUGUCAUGUGCAAGCGCUUUGCCAGUAUGCUCGGACGAUGCGAUCCCCAGACAUUCCUCAACAUUGGACGAAUCUACGCCGAUAUCAACCCUCUCGAGAAGAGACUAGAUAUCCACAUAGAGCGUUUGAAAAAGGAUGAAUUUGGAUCUCUCGACUGCGUCACGGACGUUACCAAAAUGGUGAACCAGUUUGAGCAUCUUGCCGAACUGUAUCUUACUGGGACGAAUCUUGACCUUGGGGAGCGGGAACUGGAUCUCGCUGUCGCACUCGACCACGACGUUGACUUCUUCGCAUCAACUAUGGCGUGGACGAAGACGAGCUUGUUGGAAAUCUUCAAAGAUGAUGGUGCCUAUAUGACAGAACAUAUCGACAACGAGAUGGGUGAUGAAGAACUGGAGACCGAACUUGUCAAUCCACUGCAAAAGCUUCUAGAUCAAUGCGGUAACGUCCGCACUGUGGCCCGCAAGCUCGUCAAGCGCGUCGAGGAGUUGACAAACGAGUCGGCUGCGCUCAAGGCCGAAUUUAUUCCUCGUUUAUCGCACCUCACUGGAGGCAGUGGACUGAUGGAGCUGGCGCUCAAGUUUGGUAUUCAGCUCGCGCAAGCCGUCCGACUGUAUGUUAUCGAGGUCAAGGAGAAGAAGGACACGCUCAACUUGACUCGGGUCCUCACGAGCGUACGCUCAACCGCGGGCGAGAUCAAAGCGGGUGGAGGCACGGGGUCCUGGCAGACGGUAGGUGACCUCUUGUCACAGCUUCAAAGGGACGCCGCGGACGUCCUAGCAUUGGCUACCGACUCGGAUAGCGUCAUGAAGAUAACUGGCGUCGCUCCCUGGCUUCUUCGGGUGGAGGAAAUCAAGACAUUGGCUGCAGUCAACGUCGAUGCGGAACGGAAGAUCACUCAGCUCAAUGAGGAGAUGCAAGAGCUCGUCCGCGGAAUUAAAACAAGAGACCAAACCAUCAAAGAGACUGUGGUCAAAGUCCAAACCAUGGAAAGGCGCAUGGAGGCGUCCAAGAAACAGGCUGACGCACUCGCCGACCUCGAAGAACAGCUUUCCAAGGCGCGCAAGCAGGAAAAGGCGUACGAAGAGGCAAUGGAGCAGCUCCAGGCGGAUCUAGACAACAUGGAGCAAGAGAACAGCCGACUGAAGCAGAGCCUCAACACAUCGGAGCGCCAGGUCGAGGGUAACGUCGAAGCAUCUCACUUACUCGAGCAAAUAGAAGCACUCAGAGGGACAGUGCGCUUCUUACGAACGGAAAAUGGAUAUCUCAAAGGACAAGAGAUGCUCAAGGAGAUACAAGCUCUGCCGCCGUUAGCCGAAAUUGUUACGGGAACACGCUACGGCGGGGUUAUCGGUGUAGAUGAGCCGCUGGACCCGAGCCUGCUGACGGCGGAAAGCGAUGGGCGUGGAGAAGAGCUCAGCGACGAUCCCCGCGGUCGUGUGGCGCGAGCCGCAAGGCAGGCUUCUGCGGGACCACGCAAGAAGGCUGAUGCCGAGGCGAAUACUCGUGGACAAGAGCGCGAAGGAAGUACUGAGAAAGGCGGGGCAAAGGGCAAACCUAGCCUCCAGGCGCUCUCAACAGAGUCGAGGCUGUUGUAUCGGGAGCUGUUAGAAUAUUCCGCCACACCGAAACUGGUAGAUCUAGGGGCGCUGGAGCAGGAGAGGAGCAGGGGCUGGGUUCCCCAGCGGAAAACGGCGGCAUACCAGUUGUGGGAGCGCAAGCGAGAGGGCGAACGACUGCGAAGACAGGUGGAUGGACUUCGAGUUCAAACUGCGAGGUUGACUGGAGAAGCGCAAAUGGGCAUGUGUCGUUUGCAAUAA